AUGGAGGAGGACAUGUGCAAAGGGAUUCGGAGCGAUGUGGUGAGGAUGUUGGGACAGACCGAGCUGAUUGAUUUCCAGGAUGCCGUCGACGCAUUGAACACGCUGCAGACGCCCUUCGCCGUCAUCGAGGCGCGGCGCAAGGCGGGCGUGCGGCCUGAUGAAGCUUCCGUCAGGGAGAUGAGGGCGUACCUCGCGCGGAUCGGGUAUACGACCGCAGACCUCGACAAGCUCAACGUAAUCCACGUCGCCGGCACAAAAGGUAAAGGCAGCACCUGCGCCUUCACCGACUCCAUCCUCGCCUCGCACCGCGCCAUCUCCCCGUCCUCCGUCCCGCGCAAGGUCGGCCUGCUCAUCUCGCCGCACCUCAUCGCCGUGCGCGAGCGCAUCCGGAUCAACGGCGUACCCAUCUCGGAGGCCCUCUUCGCCAAGUACUUCUUCGAGGUGUGGGACCGGCUGGGUAGCAGCACCGCGGACGCCGAGGGCGUGGCGCUCGGCACGCGGCCGAUUUACUCGCGGUACCUGACGCUGGUGAGCUUCCACGCGUUUAUUGAGGAGGGGGUGGACUGCGCGAUUCUGGAGACGGGGAUUGGCGGGGAGUAUGACGCGACGAAUUUGGUGGGACGGCCCGUGGCGACGGGGAUCACGACGUUGGGGAUCGAUCAUGUGUUUGCGCUGGGGGACACGGUGGGCAAGAUUGCGUGGCAUAAGGCGGGGAUCAUGAAGACGGGCAGUAGGGCGUUUACGGUUGAACAGGUGGACGAGGCGCAGGAUGUGCUGGAGGAGCGAGCGGCGGAGAAGGGGGUGAAGUUGGAGGUUGUGAAGGUGGAUGAGAGGAUGAAGGAUGUGAGGAUACGGCCGGAUAAGGAGUUUCAGCGGAGGAAUGCGAGUUUGGCGGUGCGGCUUGCGGAGAGCGUGCUGGAGAGGCUGGAGGAGGGGUUUAAGCCGGACCCGACGCGGUUGCCGGAGGCGUUUGUGAAGGGGCUGGAGGAGGUUGUGUGGAGGGGCCGGUGCGAGGUGAAGGACGAGGGGAGCGUGGUGUGGUUCGUGGACGGGGCGCAUACGACGGACAGUCUGAAGAUGGCGGGGCGGUGGUUCGCCGGGGAGACGGAGGCGCGGAGGGGGAGGCGGUUGUUGGUGUUUAACCAGCAGGGCCGGACGGAGGCUAUCGACUUCCUGGAUGGGCUGUAUGAGGCUGUGAAGAGGGACGGGAGGGGGUUUGAUGGGGUUGUAUUCUGUACGAAUGUGACGUACAAGGAGACGGGGUACAAACGAGAUUUCGUGAAUCACCAGUACGAUAAUAAGGCUAUCGAGGCCAUGACGGUGCAGAAGCAGUUCGCGGAGCGGUGGAGGGAGCUGGAUCCGCAGGCUGACGUGCGCGUCAUCCCGACCAUCGAGGAGGCCCUGGACUACGUCCGCGGCUUGGCGGAGAGCAACGGGGAGGGAGAGAGCGUGCAGGCCUUCGUCACGGGCAGUCUGCACCUCGUCGGCGGCGCGCUGCAGAUUCUCGAAGGGGCGGAUGCUCUUUGA